AUGGACUCGAGCCCCACAAUGUUGGACACAACGCCCCUCCCCUCGUGGGAGCGACAAUGGCGAGGAGGGAGCAAGAGCAAGAGAGCAACAAAGCCUCUCCACAAGAAAGAGGUCAAUCAUGUCUCCCAGCAAACUCUUCUCCUUUUCUCACAGCUCCGGUACUACCUGGGGACGUGGAAAAUGGACAACAAGCAGAUGUCCAGAGUCACCCCGAAGCCCAAGCCGUAUUCCGUCAUCGAUGGGGCCAGAGAGGCAUUGACCUCUCUCGAGGAGCUUUGCCGACAUGAACUUCCAGGCAACUUUUCGACUCUGGCUGGAAAUGUCAACAUCACCUCGUCAUCUGGCCAGGGAAACAAAGUUCACUUUCCCAGCCCUCUCAAGGAGCAAGAUGCCACGGCAGCUAUCAAGGGUCUGGAAGCUCGUGUUGCCAGUGCCAUUGCCGGUCUGCGGUAUGGCGCCGAGAAGCCCUCAGUCACGGUCGACGUUGAUAAGAUUUCUGGCUUCUUGAUGUCUGCUUACCUGACCACAAUCGACGGGAUGGACAAGACGGACCCCGGAGUCAAGGAGAGGAUACCGGGUAUGCUACCGGCCCAAUCCAUCCUCUACCGCCGCCUCUCAGCCAACCUCUACAGCACCAAGAACCCCGGCGAGUACUACCACAUCCACGGCUCCCUCAACGCGGACAUCACCCUGCAAAUGCUCGGCCUCCCCAAGCACCGCCCGGACUUGACAGAUUACCGGGAGUGCAUUGACACCAUUGAGGCGGCCGUCAUGAGGCACACAGCCGCUGAGCUUGACGAGCUAAACCUCAAAAACAGACAAGCGGGCAUCAAGGCGUACACCUGGGAGCAAUUCCAGGAGUUGCCUCACGGCAAAGCGAUGUGUUCGCAGCCACCUUUUACCGUCAAGCCCAACCCGCUAGACACCACCACCCCGCCUGUCCCCUUUUCUUCCUCAUCCGGCUCAGGACCGCGAUUCGCCCUAAAGGGGAUCAAAGUUCUCGAGCUGUGCCGUAUCAUUGCCGGCCCGACAAUCGGCCGCUCCUUGGCUGCUCACGGAGCCCAAGUCGUCAAAAUCACCUGCCCUACCCUUCCCGACGUCCCAUUCUUUCAGCUGGACGUCAACACGGGCAAACACUGCAUCUCGCUCGAUCUCAAGUCCUCCGCUGCUGAUCGGGAGACUUUCUCGUCCCUCCUGGCGGAAGCGGAUGUUCUGAUUGACGGGUAUCGCCCUGGUGCCCUCGCCAAACUGGGGUAUAGCCCCUCCCUCCUCGCCGAGGUAGCCAAAUCCCGAAACAAGGGCUUUGUUUAUGUGGUUGAGGACUGCUUUGGCGGAACGGGGGCAGAAGGGGCAGAGUGGGCGCAUAGGCCAGGCUGGCAGCAGAUUGCGGAUUGCGUCUCUGGUGUUGCUUACGCUCAAGGGAAAUUCAUGGGCCUGGAGAACGAGCCGGUUGUGCCCCCCUUUCCGAUGAGCGAUUACGGGACUGGGGGGUUGGGGUCCGUGGCUGCGAUGGUUGGGCUGGUGAGACGGGCGACGGAGGGGGGGAGCUGGGUGGGGAGGACUAGUUUGGUGCAGUACGAUGUUUUUCUCCAGAAAUUGGGGUUGCUGCCGGAGCGGGAGCAGGAGAGGUUGAGGGGGGUUUUUAGAGAGGCGGAAAAGGGAAUGGGGGGGGGGGGCUUCUUUGAGUUGAGGCACAGUGAUAGUGUUGAUGAGGUUGGGAGACGGGCGUUGAGGGGGAUGAGGGGGGUGGUGCCGUUUUUGUUUGAGGGGGACCAUAUGAUGAGUGAGGGGUUUAGUAGGGGGUUUGGGGGGGUGGUGAGGUGGCCGAGGGAGGCGGUCGAGGUGGAGGGCUUGAGGGUUGGGCAUGUUAGGGUUGCGAGGCCUAAUGGGUGGGAUACGGGGAGGAAUGAGGGGGGCAUGUGGGAGGGGUGGGAGGAGGAUGAGAUUAGGGGGUGA